UACUACUAUUACGUCAACCACGUGAAAUACCUACUUCAUGUACGUCUGCUGCCUGCCAGUCGGUCUUCUUAACUAAUUUCCGAAAAGGUUGUCGAUUUUCAUGUGAAAAGUAUGAAACUUGUAGAGAAUUUGGACGAAGAAGCUCUGAAGAAAUUUGUUGCUGAAAGAAAAAAUGAUAUUGUUGAAGCUCAGAAUCAUGCCAUAGCUAAGCUUCAGAAAAAAGAAAACCGGAAAAGAAAGAGUUUACCGGAGGAGCAAGAGGAUGAUGAUGCUGUUAAAGUAGUAGAUAUUUUGACUCAGGCAGUUGCCUACCUCAGGGAAAUUCCUUCAGAAAAGCUGAUGCAGAAAACCCUUUUUGAUACGAAUGUACUUUCAGAUGUUAAGAAAACUCCUGAUGCUACGGCUGAGCAAAAGGCCAUUUUUCAGUUUGCUGCUGAUGAAAGAAUUUCGACAGCAGUUCAGAUUUUCCGUGAACAGUAUCCAAAAUGGAAGAAAGCAAAGAAGCAUUUAAUGCCCAAGAUGGUGGAAAACAACAAUCUGGAAAUUGUUUCUGAGAAGUCUGAAUUAGUUAACAAUGAAGGUGAUAUGCAACUACUUUGUAAGAAAAUCAAAAAGAAAAAUAAAAGGAAGGCUGCUAUUGAUAGUGAAAGUAGCGUUUCCCCUAAAAAGAUAAAAUUGGAUGUGACAAAUGAUGGCAAUGAAGACAGUAAAUUACCAAAAAAGAAGAAGAAGAAGAAGAAGAAAAAAGGAAAGAAUGCUAAAACUUGUACUAUAACUGAAGGGCCAAAUAGUACAGAAACAGGAAAUCCCCCUUCCAGCGGUACACUGGAAAAAUCAAGGUCAAAGAAAUUAAAUGCUAUUGAGCUGGUUGUGGCUAAUGGGACAGCAGCAUUAGAAGCAAGUAACAAUGGCUCACCUAAGAAAGUAAAUCAGCCUGUGAAACCGAAGGGGCCUUCACAUCCUCUACCAAAAGGGAGAAGACCAAAAUUUCAAAAGUCGCAAUAUUCAAAUAUAAAAAGCUUUCAGAAUAAUAAUAGUUAUACAGAUGAAGAGAAUGCUGAAGGUAAAGGUGAUAUGGACAGUAAUACUGGUUUCCAAAGACAAGGGAAUGGAUUCCAGUUUAGAAAUCAAGGAAGAGGUGGAAAAGCUGCCUUUAAUAAUCGAAGGUCAGGUAAGAAUGAUAAUGGAAAUAGCUCCCAGCUUCCAUGGAAAGUAAGGAGAUUUGUGGAUAAGAAAAGUGCUAAUAUGAUACAUGUUUCUUCAGAUUGGCAGGAAAAGAUCUGUAAGCCCAAAGGAGAAGGAGGAGAAGGAGAAGACGAAGAGAAGCCUUCACUCCUUCGUCCAUCUUGGCUCACAAAUCCAGAGGAGUAUAAACCUUCAUUUACAAAUUCAAGGGAGUACGGACCUUCAUUUAGGGGGAGAAAAAAUUUUAGGCAGCAGAGGGAGCCGAGUAAUCCUAACAAAAUACGUGUCCCAUCUGACUGGAAAAAUAAAUCCCCAAAGAAGGAUGGUGAUGAAGGCACUACAUCUGGUACCUCACUUCUGAAACCUUCUUGGUUAACAAACCCGAAAGAACAUAAGCCUCUGUCAGCUCAUAAGCCAGCUCAUAAGAAGUUUGGUGGGGAUUUUAAGGGGAGACUUAUUAUAUGAAAGAGCUUUUGUCUUUAUUUAAAACUAUUUCGUCAAUUUCAUUGCCUUCUACUGUGUACCUUUUGUUUCUUUUUAGUUAAUCAUAGAAUAUCUAAAAAUUGCAGGGUGUUCAGUUUUCAGUUAUUGGUGAUCAUCAUACAUUUCUCAAGAGCUUGUAGAUGUUUGUCACCUACUGUUACGAAAAGCACUGGCAAUCAAUUUUAGAUAUAUUGUAUAAUGUGAUCUUAGAAUAGUUUUUCAUUAUUUUGAUGAUGCACAAUGUGUACAGCAAUAUUCCUAAAAUGGCUAAGACGAGAUCACCUGGGAUUAAUUCUAUUUGGUACGACUGCUGAAACCAGAUGGUUUUGUUAUAUAGUAGUGUGCAUGGAUGAGGUAGGUAAAUAAAUUUCACAAUUA